AACCGGUCCUGAUUUCACGAAGGAGUCAGAGGAACUCCCAUCUCCCAACUCACUCGCCCGUCCAACCCACUCUCCGCUCGCGCACGCAUCCUCCGCUCCCAUGGCGUCCCGCGACCUCGCCGAGAGCCUGCUCCCCGGCGGGGGCGCCUCCGCCUCCUCCUCCCACGACGAGUACGAGGAGCGUGCGUACGACUCGGACGACAAGGUCUCCAUCUCCAUCUCCGACUCGGAGCCCGACGACGACGGCGACCCCGGCGCCGCGCGCGCGCGCCCGGCCUUCUCCUGGCGGAAGCUCUGGCGCUUCACGGGGCCGGGCUUCCUCAUGUGCAUCGGCUUCCUCGACCCGGGCAACCUCGAGGGGGACCUGCAGGCGGGCGCCGCCGCCGGGUACCAGCUCCUCUGGCUGCUGCUCUGGGCCACGGUCAUGGGCGCGCUCGUGCAGCUGCUCUCCGCGCGCCUCGGGGUCGUCACCGGGAAGCAUCUCGCCGAGCUCUGCCGGGAGGAGUACCCGCCCUGGGCCACGCGCGCGCUCUGGGUCAUGACGGAGCUCGCGCUCGUCGGCGCCGACAUACAGGAGGUCAUCGGCAGCGCGAUUGCCAUCAAGAUCCUCUCCGGGGGCAUCGUGCCGCUCUGGGGCGGCGUCGUCAUCACCGCCUUCGACUGCUUCAUCUUUCUAUUCCUGGAGAAUUAUGGUGUGAGAAAAUUGGAAGCGUUUUUCGGCGUCUUGAUUGCAACCAUGGCUAUAUCAUUUGCGAUCAUGUUUGGUGAAACGAAGCCUAGUGGAAAGGAGCUUCUGAUCGGUUUGGUGGUUCCAAAGCUGAGCUCAAAGACCAUCAAGCAGGCGGUUGGAAUUGUGGGCUGCAUCAUCAUGCCCCAUAAUGUUUUCUUGCACUCAGCGCUAGUGCAGUCCAGGAAGAUUGACACAAAAAAGAAAUCGCGUGUUCAAGAAGCAGUGUACUAUUACAACAUUGAGUCGAUUCUUGCUCUCAUCGUCUCUUUCUUUAUUAACAUCUGCGUUACAACGGUAUUCGCUAAAGGAUUUUAUGGAUCCGACAAAGCUGAUAACAUAGGUCUUGAGAAUGCUGGCCAGUACUUACAGGAGAAAUAUGGAACUGCUCUGUUUCCUGUCCUCUAUAUCUGGGCUAUUGGGUUGUUAGCGUCUGGACAGAGCAGCACAAUCACCGGCACAUAUGCCGGCCAAUUCGUCAUGGGAGGUUUCCUUAAUCUUCGAUUGAAGAAGUGGUUACGAGCAGUGAUUACUCGAAGCUUUGCCAUUAUUCCAACUAUGAUUGUGGCUUUAUUUUUUGAUACUGAAGAUCCUACCAUGGACGUUCUGAACGAGUCACUCAAUGUUCUUCAGUCCAUUCAGAUUCCAUUUGCACUGAUUCCUUUGAUCACCCUUGUUUCGAGUGAGCAGCUCAUGGGGUCAUUCGUGGUCGGUCCUAUCACCAAAGUGAUAAGUUGGAUCGUCACAAUCUUUCUGAUGCUCAUCAACGGAUACCUCAUACUGUCCUUCUACACCAACGAAGUGCGGGGCGCAGUCGUUCGUUCAAGCUUGUGCGUCGUGCUGGCUGUUUACCUCGCGUUCAUCAUCUACCUCAUCCUGAGGAACACCACACUGUAUUCUCGCCUUCGCUCAUCAGUCUCAAAGAGCUCAUGAGAAAGACUGUUAGUUAUUUCAUCUCCGCGAUGAAGAUGAACGGAAGUUGAUAGAUAAUAUUGGAAGAAAACUGCUCCCCAUUGUACAACCUGUACGGCUGCCUAUUUGUAUUAGCUCCGGGGGAGAGGUCUAUAUUGUACAUCAGUUGCUGUUGUAUAACUGUAUUUGUGGAUUAGCAGGCUUCCCCUUUAGGAUUGGGCUAAACCAACACCAACACCAGCAUACUUGAGGUGAUAAAUGGUAGAUAGUUUUGUUUA